GAAAUAACAUCUUUACUCUCGCUUUAUGGUGGGCAGUUCAGCAGUGAGCAGGAAAUUCACGUAAAUUCUCCGUUUUGGAUUCUCAGUAUUCCUUCAGAAGAGAUGGCAAGAGGACUAAUGAAGCGAACAGUAUGUGCAAAGUCUCUAUUUGAACUGUGGGGUCAUGGAAGAUCUGCAGCGGAGCUCUAUGCAUCUUUGAAGAACUACCCAAUGGACAAGAUGCUUCCAUAUCUACAGCCAGACUCUACUUACAAAGUACAUAUUCAUACAUUUAAUAAAACACUGACCCAAGCACAGAAAAUAAAAAAGAUAGAUGCCCUUGAAUUUCUGCCAUUCAAAGGAAAAGUAAAUUUAAAGAAUCCAGAACACAUCUUCUGGAUUUUGGAAGAUUAUGGAAUGGACCCCAAUAAUGUUCCUGAAGAGCCCUUUCAUCUGUAUUUUGGUAGAUGGAUUGCAGAUGGCCAAAGAGAACUUAUCGAGUCCUACAGUGUGAAAAGGAGACACUUUAUUGGAAAUACUAGCAUGGAUGCCUGCCUGUCUUUCAUUAUGGCAAACCAGGGGAGAGUAAAACCCAAUGAUGUUGUAUAUGAUCCAUUUGUUGGAACAGGUGGUCUUCUUAUCUCCUCAGCACACUUUGGAGCAUAUGUGUGUGGUACUGAUAUAGAUUACAACACAAUCCAUGGAUUAGGCAAGGCAAGCAGAAAGAACCAGAAAUGGAGAGGGCCAGAUGAAAAUAUCAGAGCUAAUCUCCGACAGUAUGGUUUAGAGAAAUACUACCUUGAUGCGCUCGUUUCUGAUUCUUCAAGAUCAAUAUGGCGAAAAGGGAUGCUGUUUGAUGCAAUCAUUACAGAUCCACCAUAUGGUAUCAGAGAAGCUACUCGCAGAACGAGUUCACAGAAGGAAACAGUUAAAUCAGCUGAAAGAAGCACAGAAAAUCACAGCUUCAUUUCAUCCAAUUAUCAUCUAAGUGACAUCUUUUUUGACCUCUUGAAGUUUGCGGCAGAAUAUCUGGUGAUGGGAGGAAGAUUAGUUUACUGGCUGCCAAUAUACAGGCCUGAGUAUGGAGAGCAGAUUUUGAAAUUAUGCUUUUGCAUGGAGAUAAUUUCUGACUGUUAA